UAUUUUUUUCUUCUGGUAAUUCAGUACAAGAAUUAAUGAUUUUAGUUUCCAUAUAACGUGAGCAUGAAAACAAGAACGAAAGGAAGAGAGAGUGAGAGAUGCGACCAAUCGAAUUCUGUCCAGGUUUAUUUUUGUACGAUAACAGUUAUUAGGAUUAAAUAAGACUUGCUUAUAUUUGUAUUUAAAUGUGCUUGAGCAAUUUAUUUAGCUUGAUGAUAUAAUCAAUUUUUUUCACGUUAAGACGAGCUAGGACACGAAUUUAUUAUUAUUCUUCCACAAUUUUUCAACUUGAUUUUUCUAAUUUUAAAUUAAUUGGCGAACAUAACAUAUAGGCAUUUACUAAAUUCAUCCAGUGAGCAGCGGAAGCUAUCACACAGGAUGAAUCCUGAAACGCGACCAGUUGAGACAACUGUUUAAUUCUAGAUUAGAGAGAAUCAGAUCUGGUAACAUCGAGAUACGCGGGAGCGUAUCGGCCAAGUAUAUAUUUCGAAACCUCGAAUAAAUAGGCCGAGUGCUCCCAAGCAUCUAUACACGACACAACUACUCCUUCCACUACCUCCAAAACUAAUUUCCGUAACUGAGUGAAAACGCGGCAGUUUGCAGCAAAAAUACACUUAGUUACAUUACCUAAAACGCCUAUGCUAUAUUCAUUUAUGUCAAGUUUUUCCGAAUUAAACGCCUAAUUAAAAAGAUCCGCGCAUAGCAACGGAUUUUCUUACAUAUUUUCCACGGUGCGAUUAUCUCAGAAUGAAACGGUCAGAUUUUUGUUCAACAGUUGACAGCAUUUGUUUCCUACGGGCGCUGUUUAGUCGGUUCGCAAUCAGCGUCGCGCGCGAGAAAUUUGUUCAACAGUUGACAGCAUUUGUUUCCUAUGGGCGCUGUGUAGUCGGUUCGCAAUCAGCGUCGCGCGCGAGAAAUGAGAGGUUGGAAAAGUGUCGUGGAUGGAAAAUGCGCCCAGAGGACAGAGAAGAGACUAGGGGAAUCCCGAGAUCUCUCUUUCCGUGCACCAUGGCAAACUUCGAGGACGCCGAUUGCGAUCUAAUGGAUUUUGAGGAUGAAUUGCUACCUUUGGCCCAAAACCGGGCCCCUGGGACUUCGCCACGACAGGCAGCAGCAGCAGCAGCAGCAGCAAGAAGACCACCACCACUACCGUCACCACUACCACCACCACCACCACCACCACCACCACCACCACCACCACCACCACCACCACCACCAGCAGCACCACCGCAGCAUCGUGGUCCCUCAAAGGGAAGCGAAAAUCGCCUUCGCUUGAUCCAACAGCUGCAGAGGCAACUCGAUGCUCUGCAGCGGCAAGAGAAGGAAGAUUGACCUGCAUAUGUUGAGGCCCCUGAGGAGGAAUUAGGGGCGGGUGAAGGAGCCCGAGGCAGGCAGCACAGAGAGAGGAGAAGGCCCAGAGCAGCGAGGCACCUCGGGGAGAGGAAUGCCAGAUAUUGGAAAGGCCAAUACAACCGCUUCCGCCGGCCACCCCGUGGAGGCGGCAGGGGUGGAGGUGGGGCUAGGUUUGGGGGCAUCCAAAUUUAUUAUCAGCAAUAACGGAUGGACUGGCCCCUCUACUCCUUCCAGCAUCCUAUUCCCGGCCUGUGUUCUUCUUGCAUCUAUUCAUUCCAGUUUUCAUACAUCUCAGGAUCCAUUGGGAGGACUAUUUUUCGUUUUCUUUUACUAAAAUUAUCCUUAUCUUAUAAUUAAAUUCUAACUCUAUUCUAACUCUAACAAUAAUUUAAGUCUAAACAAAUAUAAAGAUAAAUAUUGUUUGAAAAUUGUUAACGAAUAUUUAUUCAGAAAAAUAAAAAAAGUUACAUGGACUUUGGUGUGAAUUUCGUAGCUUUUCUUAGAAUUUCUUGCAGAAAAUUUGGUGGGAGUUACAUCCCAUUCGUGUGGCGGAUCAGCCUCGACCAGAGUCCAGCCUUACCGACGGAGGCACGCGCCAGCGCCAUUUUAGUUACUAAGUUAGUGACUCUUUAUAGUUCUUCCGGUUCGCACACCCACGCCACGUGGCCCCGCGCUUU